CGGGGGGGGGGGGGGGGUGCGCGCGGUCUCGGCAUUAGCGAUGGAGGCGCCGGCUGCUCCGUGUCCCGCCCGGAGGUCGCGGCGGCCCCGCGGGGUCUCCACCCUCCUCCUCCUCCUCCUCGCCGUCUCGGCCCUCGCCGUCUGCGCUCCCGCCGCUGCGGGCAGCCGCUCGUUCUCCAUAGACCGGGAGCGCGACACGUUCCUGCUGGACGGAGAGCCCUUCCGCUACAUCUCGGGCAGCGUCCACUACUCCCGCGUGCCGCCCGCCUACUGGAAGGACCGCCUCCUCAAGAUGUACAUGGCGGGGCUGAACGCGGUGCAGACCUACAUUCCCUGGAACUUUCACGAGGCGGCUCCGGGGGUGUACGACUUCUCCCACGACCGCGACGUCUUCCGGUUCCUGCAGCUGGCGAACGACACGGGACUCCUGGUGGUGCUGCGCCCGGGACCCUACGUCUGUGGAGAGUGGGAGAUGGGUGGGCUGCCUUCGUGGCUGCUUCAGAAACCGACGAUCGCUCUGCGGACCUCCGAUCCCGACUACAUGCUAGCGGUGGAGCGGUGGAUGAGCGUUCUCCUUCCCAAACUAAAACCCUUCCUGUACCAGAACGGCGGGCCGAUCAUCACCGUGCAGGUGGAGAACGAGUACGGCAGCUACUACGCUUGCGACUACAACUACCUCCGCUCGCUGGCGGCGCUGUUCUCUGGCCACCUGGGCGAGGAGACGGUGCUCUUCACCACGGACGGCGCCGGGACCUCCUACCUCAAGUGCGGGACCCUGCAGAACAUCUACGCCACCGUCGACUUCGGCCCCGGUAACCCGAACCUGACGGAGGCUUUUGGGGCCCAGAGGACGUGCGAGAAGACGGGACCCCUGGUGAACUCGGAGUUCUACACGGGCUGGUUGGACAACUGGAGACACCCCCACGCCACCGUCUCCAAGGAGGCCGUAGCCAAGACGCUGGAUGAGAUGCUGGCCAUGAACGCCAACGUCAACAUGUACAUGUUUGAAGGAGGCACCAACUUUGCCUACUGGAAUGGCGCGAACGAGCCUUACUCGCCGCAGCCCACGAGCUACGACUACGACGCUCCGCUCACGGAGGCUGGCGACCCCACGGACAAGUACUUCCUCAUCCGCAGCGUCGUGAGCAAGUACAACCGGAUUCCGGAGGGACCCGUUCCACCUCCCACGCCCAAGUACGCCUAUGGAGCGGUGGCGCUCGACAUGGCGGGCACGGUGGCUGACUUCUUGGGAAGGCUGGCCACAUCUUCGCCCGUAAAGAGCAUGUUCCCUCUCACGUUUGAGCAGAUGAAGCAGAGUUUUGGCUUCAUGCUGUACCGCACGGCGCUGCCGGUGGACUGCCCAACUCCGACGCCGCUGCUUUCCUGGCUCAAUGGCGUGCACGACCGCGGAUAUGUAACGCUGGAUGGGGUGCCGCUGGGCGUCCUGCAGCGCAACAAUGCGAGCGGCGUCAAUGUGACCGGCAAGGCCGGGUCGCGGCUCGACAUCCUUGUGGAAAACAUGGGCCGGAUCAACUAUGGGCGCCAUAUCAAUGACUUCAAGGGCCUCACAGACAAUCUGACGCUGGGCCUCACACCGAUUGUCAACUGGACCAUCUACUCCCUGGACGUUGACGGUGCGGUGGCUAGCGGGGCCGUGCAGCCUCGCGGUGCCCGUAGCGACGCUGCAGGAGGCCCUUCCUGUGGGCCCGCUUUCUACACGGGCACUUUCAGCAUCCCGUCCGGCCUGCCCGACCUGCCCAUGGACACUUACCUUGAACUCCCCGGAUGGACCAAGGGCCAGGUGUGGAUCAACGGCUUCAACCUGGGCCGCUACUGGCCCGCCGCGGGCCCGCAGGUCACGCUGUUUGUGCCGGCGACGGCGCUCAGCACCGCCGCCCCCAACAAUGUGAGUGUGCUGGAGCUGGAGGCGGCGCCUGCCUCGUGCUCGCCCCUCUCCUCCUCCUCCUCCUCCUGUGCCGUCCGGUUCGUGGAUCGCCCCGUUCUCAACGGCACAGUGCGGGGCCCCGCGCGGGUGCGGCCGCUGGGCCUGGGCCGCUGGCACUGACGCUGCGAGGAGUGCGGCAAAUCCCCACCACUUCCCGCCGGCCGAACGAAUGAAGACGACGACCAGCACACACGAUUUAUUUUGCACUAUUCUUAAUGACGCAAUCACCUGUGACUUUGUACACUUGCCGAUUGGAGCGACGCGCUGUCCAGUUGAAACGCUUUUGUGUCACAAUGACGCUCAGGGUGCGAUUGGUUUCGUAACCAACGUUAAACACAAUGUUUAUAUUGCAGUGAGAUGACUCGUUGGGUGUAAGCGUUUGAUUUUUUGAGUUCAUAAAGAAUUUAGAAUUGUU